AUGAAGGGACUCGAGGAGUGGCUCGCGUCAUCGUCAUCGUCGGACGAGGCAAACGACGCGAGUGUCAUGAACGCACCGCCGCCGCCGGCGAGGCGCUACGCGAGUAACUCCGACCCCCGCGCGGCCGACCUCACACGUCAGGAGGUAACGCGCAGUCGCAUGCGGAGUAUCCUCGGCGACGGUGUCGUGACGGCCGUUGCCGCGCAGUCGAAGGCACAGGAAGAUGCAGGCUCAACACCGAGGCCUCUCUCGCCCGUCUCGAGGAGAAAAAGUCUUCUGGAGCCACCGAUACCUUUGGGCGGUGGCAGUAGCAGAAGCAACACCAAUAAUAAGAGCUCAGCUUCUACAACCUCACCGGCUCCAGAAACAACGACAACAGAGUAUCGUCGUGUGGAGGUGAUGGUCGUCGACCGCGGCACGCAAACGACGUCGACGGUCGGCUGUCAGACCGACCCCGAGCCCACGCCGCCGUACGUUGCGUUCCCGUUUGCGCCCGGCCCGGUGUGCCGUUGUGGUGUGCGGCGUCCAUGCGCCAAUGUGUUGAAUGAGGACGCAUCGACUACACGGUUUAAGGAGCAGCUUGAGACGAUACAGAAUUCCAUAGAUAUGAUGAUUGCACGGUACAACUUGCCGCCGCCCCCGCUGCCUCGAGUGCAGUGA